AUGGACCCGUAUAACCUAAAGCAAGAUAACCGCAAGCGCUUCCAGGACAAGGAGCGCCUCAAGCGGCGGCACGCCACGCCAAGCGACCGCAAGUACAGGCAGCUGCACAAGUCGACACCCAGUGAAGAGGGCGAGACGGAACAGGACAGCGACGAGCUGAAGGCCCAGCCGCUGCUGCCGAACACAUACCGCUACAAUGAGGAUAUUGCACUAACUUACGAUAACGUGGAGGUCGCACCCGAGAUCACCAGCAAGCUGCGUGAGGUGCUCAAGCAGAGGCCAGACAUCACCACGUCUGUCGCACGAACCGUCCAAAGCCGGUUGACAGCCAAAGAACUUCAGACAAAAGAUCUGAAGGCCUUGAAUGCUCUUCUGGGUAGCCCUCGGGCGGAAAGCAGCGCUUCUGCGCUGCCCACAGCGGGCAGCCCCGAACCGGAACAUCCCCAGCAGAGAACAAAACGGUUGGCAGAACAAAAGCCAGAAUCGCAUGUGCCCAAGGACUUGCAAGAAGAUCAGGAUUUUCUAGAUAGCAUCAUGUAA